AUGCGAGAUCGAUCAUCCUCAAGCAUGCUCAUCCUCAUACGAAUAAUAUAUCAGCUGUGCAAGUUCCGAAAGCCAGAUCCUGCCAGCGCUAGGCCGGAAGUGGUGAAUUGUGCCAGUGCAGCGAGAGGCCACGACAUCGACAACGACGACGACGACGACAACGACGAAAAGGACAAGCAGGGCAAGAGGGACGAAAGCGGAAAAGGGGAUAUAUGGUGUGGUGGUGGUGGUGGUGACAACAAGCAUCGAAGCAUCCAAGACGGGCAGGCACCCGAAGCAUUGGUUCAACGUUUUUCUGCUGUUACUGUUACGCCAAAGUUGCCGCCUCAGCGCUCAGGCAUCAUGCUGGCCUCUCUCUGUUUACCCUUGUUCGCCGCGGGGAAGGAGCCCCCCCUUCUGGCCAAUCAGCUUCGGACUGGACAGAAUUUGAAAUACUUUAUUGACCAGACAGGGUAA